UUUACACUAUACUCUUCAAUGGAGGUCACAGAUGAAUGUGAUGGUGGUCAAAUUACCAUAAAGCCACCAACCUGUGGGUGUGUGUGUAUGGGUGUGGUUAUACAUUUCCACAUCUUGCAUUCUUAGUUUUGUUAUGAUAUCACAUUUGAUUUAGUGAAUCACUUGACAAGGCUAUCAUCAAAACAAGUUAUUUGUGUCUAUGCUGCAACAGGCUGAUCCUCUCCACAACAACAAUGAACAUGUCAGAGGAGGAGAUGCAGGGCUUCUGUGGCAGUGACUCCCACCAACGGAACAUUUUAUAUUCUACAUGUUACAUCCUGAUUAUCACCAUGGCUGUGCCUGGGAAUGCCUUAGCACUGUGGGUCUUUUUUUGCCAAUAAUCUCCAUUUAAGGUCUUCCUGAGGCACCUAUCUGUAGCAGAUAGUAUGUCCCACGUUCUCAUUUUACCCAUGCGUAUAGUUUACCACCUGUGACAUGUCUUCUGUCAACUAGCUGGGAUUAUAUCUCCCAGCUGGCCAAGGAAUGCUUCCAGAUACCCCAGAGUGAGCUGGAAAGUGUUGCAGGUGAGAAGGAAGUCUGGGUCAGCCGGCUGGGUCUGUUCCGCGAACCGACCCCGGAUUAAGCGGAUGAAAAUGGAUGGAUGGAUGGAUGGAUGGAUGUACUGCAUGAUGUACUUAAUAAGUUUCAGCAGCCUGGACAGAUGCCUGGCUGUGGUUUUAUCCAUAAAAUCCCUGUCAGUAAGGAAGGCGUAUGCGUCUUUGAGUCCUAUACUUUUCUCUAAAAAGAAUGUGACCAACAACUCAACUGGCAUCUGCAACAAGCUGUACUUUAAAAAAUCUUUAGCUUCCACUAUUGUGGCAUCGGUUGUUCCCCUCACCACCAUAGUGGUUUGUUUCAUGCUGAUUCUACUGAAACUAAGCCACAGUUGCGGUAUGACUGCGGCGAGCAGGGAGACACUGGGUAGAGUCAAUCGGAUCACAUCUGCAAUAAACUGUGUUAAUGGUAUGCUAGGUCAUGUGAUGUAUCUCUUCCUGAACCGUGGAUACAGAGACAAAAUGAUUCAGCUGUUCUGUAAAAGAUGAAGA